AUCCGGACAAUUCCUCGCCGAUUUGGGUCGCGAGGAAAUGAAGGUAUAGGCAUAAGGCGGAGUUUGAUGUACCAGUUAAGUUACCCGCUUCUUCGUCUUUCCUUCCCAUAAUUGGCAAGGCCAUCCGUCUGUGUUCUUGGAGCUCGAUCUUCUCUGUCAGACGAUUUUCCGCUCCAUAAUCUGAAACUGAACUGGAAACGGUUUACAAUCUCUACAAUUUGCGAGCUUUGUAUCACAGGCGUCUCUGGAAAUGGAUAACACCGGGAAUCCUCAGGGCAUUCUUAUGCCCCCAGUUGAGGGCGUUGCAGGAGGAGGAACUGCUUAUGGAUGGAGUGAUGGCAGCUUAAACACAUCAACUCUCCCCAAAAGAUCUAUUGAUCCCACCGAAGUUCCUACAGCAGAUCUAGUUGAUGUGUGGUGCAUGCUAAGCACAGCAAAUGUUGGACCUCAGGAAAUGCCUAGGCGUUUAGAACCUAUAAAUCUUCUGGCAGCUAGAAAUGAGAGGGAAAGUGUUCAAAUUGCUAUGCGUCCAAAAAUAUCUUGGGGUGGUUCUGGUGUGGCUGGAAUUGUGCAAGUUUUUUCUGGUGAUUUAUGCUCCACAUCUGGCGAUCGGCUAGUUGUUGGACAAUCGUUGAGGUUAAGGCGUGUGGUGCCCAUAUUAGGUGUUCCAGAUGCCCUUGUCCCACUUGAUCUUCCAGUUAGUCAAAUAAACCUUCUUCCAGGAGAAACUACAGCAGUUUGGGUUUCUAUUGAUGUCCCAAAUAUGCAACCCCCAGGUCAAUAUGAGGGAGAAAUCAUCGUUACUGCUAUAAAGACGGAUGCAGAAUCUUCAACACAGUACCUAGGCAGAGCUGAGAAGCAUCAAAUAUUUAAGGAACUUAAGAGCUGUCUUGAUAUUAUGGAAAAUGUUGAUGAAAAGCCAUUGGAUGAAGUGGUUGAAAGAGUGAAAUCUGCAACUGCUUCUUUAAAAAGAGUUACUCAAUCUCCAUCAUUUUCUGAAUUUUAUUCUGAGAAUGGUUCAAUUGAUGUGAUGGAUGAAGAUGCCUUUUCAAACCUUUCAGUACGCGUAAAGAUAAUGUUGACAGUUUGGGACUUCACAAUACCGGCGACUCCUUCACUUCCUGCCGUAAUUGGUGUAUCUGAUACUGUAAUUGAAGAUCGUUUUGGUGUUGAACAUGGUACUGAUGAGUGGUUUGAGGCAUUGGAUGAACAUUUUAAAUGGCUUCUUCAAUAUAGAAUCAGUCCUUAUUUCUGCAGAUGGGGUGAUGGCAUGCGUGUUUUGACGUACACUUGCCCCUGGCCAGCUGAUCAUCCGAAGUCAGAUGAAUAUUUUUCAGACCCACGACUAUCAGCUUAUGCUGUACCAUAUAGAGCAGUCUCGAGUGGUGAUGCGGCAAAAGAUUACUUGCAAAGAGAAGUUGAGAUAUUGAGGACAAAGGCACACUGGAAGAAAGCUUAUUUUUAUCUGUGGGAUGAGCCAUUGAAUAUGGAACAUUAUGAUUCUGUUCGCAGUAUGUCUAGUGAGAUUCGUGCUUAUGCUCCCGAUGCUCGUGUAUUGACAACAUACUACUGUGGACCCAAUGAUGCGCCUCUUGCACCCACCACGUUUGAAGCAUUUGUGAAGGUUCCGAGUUUCUUGCGCCCACAUACUCAAAUUUAUUGCACAAGUGAAUGGGUGCUUGGCAAUCGAGAGGAUCUGGUCAAGGAUAUAAUUGCUGAAUUGCAACCAGAGAAUGGUGAGGAAUGGUGGACAUAUGUGUGUAUGGGGCCAGCUGAUCCCCAUCCAAAUUGGCACCUCGGGAUGCGAGGUACACAGCAUCGUGCUGUGAUGUGGCGUGUAUGGAAAGAAGGCGGGACAGGAUUUCUUUAUUGGGGUGCAAACUGUUAUGAGAAGGCAACAGUUCCGAGUGCAGAGAUAAGAUUUAGACGAGGCCUUCCUCCUGGAGAUGGAGUGCUUUUCUACCCUGGGGAGGUUUUCUCAUCUUCACAUGAGCCAGUUGCUUCCUUAAGACUUGAGCGUCUUCUUAGUGGUUUGCAGGACAUUGAAUAUCUGAAGCUCUAUGCAUCAAGAUAUGGUAGGGACGAGGGGGUUGCUCUUUUGGAGAAGACUGGAGUCUAUCAAGGACCUGAGCGAUACACUCAUGAUCACAUGCCAAUUGAUGUUAUGCGGGGUGAAGUUUACAACUUAUGUCGGUCAUAAAACGACUGCCUGCUAAAAUACGGUGGAAAUUGUAGAUUCCCCAGUCAAAGUGGAGCAGGUUUGGGAGUCCUCAGUUGAGGACAGUCAAAUACUCGGAGAUGCGAGAUCUUUGACACAUUUGGAUCCGACUUGAAUAUUCCCUUUCGGAAGCCCUUUUUGAAGCGAGGUAACUUUCUCGGUUAUUGUACCAUGUCUACAGUGUUAUUUCUUUCUCAAGCAACCAGUCGAUAUUGAACAUCCUUGUGCAAAGAACAUGCGUAUAAAAUAUUAGAUUCAGGCAGUAGUAACCUGCACGAUCGCGCGUCAUGAUGAAGCUAUAGUCUUUUUUUCCCGCCCUGUUAUCAUUGUACCUUUCUAGCUCCAGUAGUCGUAGACCUACUUUAAGUUCUCCUUUGCUUAGACACACUGGUUGAGUUUGUGAUGCUAUGCUUGAGUUUCAGUAUACGACCCUUUUUCCCCUUAUUAAAUAAAAGGUUAAAUAAUACUUUUCCAGUUUUCCAUA